AAGCGCGCGUCAUUUCCGGUGGGGAAGGCCCGCGGCCGCCGCCGCCAUUUCAGGCGCUGCUGUGAAGCUGAGACCGGAGCCGGUCCGCUGGGCGGCGGGCGCCGGGGCAAGAGGGGCGCGCGCGCGGCGGCGGCGGCGGCCCAGCGUAUAGGCGCGGAGGCGGCCAUGGCGGGCAACUUCGACUCGGAGGAGCGGAGUAGCUGGUACUGGGGGCGGCUGAGCCGGCAGGAGGCGGUGGCGCUGUUGCAGGGCCAGCGGCACGGGGUGUUUCUGGUGCGGGACUCGAGCACCAGCCCCGGGGACUAUGUGCUCAGCGUCUCCGAGAACUCGCGCGUCUCCCACUACAUCAUCAACAGCAGCGGCCCGCGCCCGCCCGUGCCACCGUCGCCCGCCCAGCCUCCGCCCGGGGUGAGCCCCUCCAGACUCCGAAUAGGAGAUCAAGAGUUUGAUUCAUUGCCUGCUUUACUGGAAUUCUACAAAAUACAUUAUUUGGACACUACAACGUUGAUAGAACCAGUUUCCAAAUCCAGGCAGGGUAGUGGAGUGAUUCUCAGGCAGGAGGAGGCUGAGUAUGUGCGAGCCCUCUUUGACUUUAAUGGGAAUGAUGAAGAAGAUCUUCCCUUUAAGAAAGGAGACAUCCUGAGAAUCCGGGAUAAGCCUGAAGAGCAGUGGUGGAAUGCGGAGGACAGCGAAGGCAAGAGGGGGAUGAUUCCAGUCCCUUACGUCGAGAAGUAUAGACCUGCCUCCGCCUCAGUAUCGGCUCUGAUUGGAGGUAACCAGGAGGGUUCCCACCCACAGCCACUGGGUGGGCCGGAGCCUGGGCCCUAUGCCCAACCCAGCGUCAACACUCCGCUCCCUAACCUCCAGAAUGGGCCCAUUUAUGCCAGGGUAAUCCAGAAGCGAGUCCCUAAUGCCUACGACAAGACAGCCUUGGCUUUGGAGGUCGGUGAGCUGGUAAAGGUUACGAAGAUUAAUGUGAGUGGUCAGUGGGAAGGGGAGUGUAAUGGCAAACGAGGUCACUUCCCAUUCACACAUGUCCGUCUGCUGGAUCAACAGAAUCCUGAUGAGGACUUCAGCUGAGUAUAGCUCAACAGUUUUGCUGACAGAUGGGAACAAUCUUUUUUUUUUUUUUUUUUCCAAUUGUCAUCUAUACGAUUUUCUUACAGACGUCAAAGCAGUCUAGUUUAUAUAAGCAUUCUGUUACCUGUGAUCUUUUUUAGACUGAACUACUCCAUCUCUAGUCUCAUUUACCAUAUUCAGGGUACGAAACUGGAGGGCUCGUGUGUUAACUUCUGAAUUGGCAAUUUUAGGCGAUAGCAGCCAUGCCUGAGUGUGUCAGAAGGGAUGGGUAUUUUGCCUCCUUUCCCUCAGGUAGUGCAGAUCAACCUGUGGAAAACUGAUGGACAGGAGAGGAAUAUUGGACACUGCUUAUUACCCUGAUUUACUCAAUGGUUUUGUUUUCAUUUUGAAACCAUGCUAGCAAAUGGCAAUAGACUAUUCCCUUCCACCCCCAUGAAGUAAUAUUGCACCGUGUGAAUAGGAAGUACCCAGUGGGAUUGCUUUUUCAUUUAUAGAACAUGACCACUGUGUGACUCAUUCUGACAGUUCAGAUCCUGAGAUUUCUGAGGACACUACUAGAGGCAUUUGUCUUCCUUCCUAGUCAAUGCUUCAUACUUUUUCUUGGGAUUCUUUAAAUCCUUGUCAUUCUUUUCCCCUAAACCUACAAACAGGUUCAUUCUUGAGAAAAGUAUUUUUCAUUCCAGAUGACAAGCAGGAUGUGCAGAGCACUUUAUUCAGUGCAUAGCUUUAAGCCAGUAUUGGAUUCACUGAGUGGACACCCAAACUCCCAGCUUUCUGCCUUCCCUCAAGGGGUCAUAGGUUCACACUGCUACCACAACUAAACAGACUCCUGGCUAAUGGGAUCCAGUAGGGCCAUUUCUUCUGAGUGCCAGUAUCCUAUUAGGGAACUCUCUGAAAUUCUUAGCUUCUACUUGCUUGGAGUGGAAGGACCAAUCACUUAGAAUAUUCCAUAGAGGGUUGUAGGGCCAAAUUCUGCCCUUUGCUUUAUGUGCAACUUGUAUACAAGUCAGAUUAAAAUUACAUGAGUUUGGGGUAGGGUUAGCGCUUUUAAAAACAUUUGAACCAAUCAUGAAUUAUGUAGUAUUCAUUUUACAUGGCCAGAAUAGUGCUUGAAGUGCAUUACGUUAUCAACUGCCUUCAUUUUUGGCUCUUUUUCUUUGUGUUCCAGUUUAGUUUACAAAUCCUUUCCAGUAUGGAAGGUUUAUGUGGGGUCAGGUGCUCCAAAGAAUUGACUUCUGAGACCAAAAAUGAUCUAGGCUAUUUAGACUACAAUAUGAAACCUUAAAAGUUAGUUCCCAGUCUAGAAAGGCACUUACUGGUCUAUGGUGUGGUAUGACCCAUAGAAACACCUUAUAUUUUGCUUUGGGCCUCAUUUUAGAAAAGUAAUGUAUCUUUCUCAUUGUUUCUACAUAGGUUAAUGAUUAAUAUGCAUUCUUUGAACUAUACCAAAUCAUGGUAUCCCAGUGACUAGCACAAUGCCUGGCAUAGUCGGUGUGCAGAUGUUUGUGUGAGUGAAUGAGGGGUGUGCAGAAGCUCAUUAUACGGCACAGGGAAGCCAGCUGACACAGGAUUACAUACCACAAGCAAACUAAUGAGUUGACGCUAAUUUAUUUUUACCUCACACUAAGGUAAUGCUUGAUAAAUAUAUUAAUACUCAACUUUUAAAAGUUAGCACAGUGCAAUGCACGUAGUGGGUGCUCAAUAAUGUUAAAUGAACAUAUUUGCAAUACUAGACUUAAUUCCAUCUGACUACUCUUAAAUUUUCAGUUAGAGCAUAGAUACUGUAAAAUCCAAAUCCAAUUACACAUUAAAUUAAAUCUUGUUUUCCUGAAAGUAUGACAUCUAAAAUACUUGUAGAAAAACCUUGUCAUAAACUGAUUUGAAUGUUUGUAUUUUCUUUUGCCUUUGACUUUGAUAUUGGCUUGGAUAUGUCUCUUUUCAUCAUAUGUAAUAUUAGUGAACAUUCAACUCUACCCAAAUCAUAAGAAUUUCUCAAUGAUCAGUUUGAUCAGUUGUCUGAAGCCAUUAUAUGAACUGUUGGGUUGGAUUUGGCUGGGUGUGUCAGUUGUUAGACCUUAAAUCAAAGGACUUCUAAAAAGUAUCUUCCAAAAGCAAAUGCUAGAAUCCUAUUCAAGUGCAUAUGUACAUUGUCACAGAGCAAGUAAACUGUAAUUGGCUGCUAUAUUUUAUAUAAUCAUUUCUGCAAAAGCCCAGUUUUUGGAUACUAAUAUUUGACGUGGUUAAUUCUUAUUAAUUUGUUGGAAUUGUUUAUUGUUAAUAAUGCAAAUAGAUAAUUUUUAAUUAUCCUUAAGUAACAUUUCACUAUUAAUGGUUUGAAAUGGGUGGUCAGCAAACCAAUUUGAAAUAAAAUAUGAACAUGUGCCAUUGUAUUAUAACACUAUACACUUUCUUGACAGUUAAAUUUAAAAAAAAAAUGUUUUUUUGUAGCAUGUAUUGUAUAUGUUUAUAGUAUAUGUAGUAAAUAAAAAUAUGGCCAAAUGUUUGGCUUGGUGAUCUUUUGAAGAAAGUAAUCCUUGAAUAUUUUUCACAAAAGAGCUAAAUCUUUUAUGCUUAGGGAAUAAGAGGUGUGUACAUUCAACAACCUACGAACAAUCAUAUAAUCGGAUAAAGGAACAAUUAUGUAUAAUCUGUGGGUACUCAUUAAAGAUGAGGUUAAUCAUUGGUGAUAUUUUGAACAAGGGUCUCCAGAAGUUAUGAAAUAAAUUGAUUUGAGAGGAACAUAAGAGAUUAUGUAAUGAUCAAAAAGCUGGAAUAAUGUGGACAGAGAACAUCAAACUUGUCCAGAAAUGGUUAUAUGUGGGUGUAGAGAAAGUAAGGAUAUGGUAGGGGACUUUAUAAAGCAAAUGAGAAAUUUAGACAUUAUAUAAUAGGUUUUUAGAAUGUUAGUGUGGAUAGAUACACAGUUUAAUUUCUCCUUUUUUAUGUAAGUAGCACAUUUUCAGGAUAGAUAAUUUAGUAAAUACCAAAAAAAAAAAAAAAAAGGUUAAACGUUAUGUUUUUUCCAUCCUUUCUCAAAGCACGUGUAUAUAUCGAGACACACACAGUAUGACACUAUAUAUACCUAACAGGUUGACAUUGUCCUCUAGUUUUGUGUCCUAUGGGUGGUGAAGUUUUAAAAUGAAAAGGACAGGGACACCUGGGUGGCUCAGUCAGUAGAGUAUGCAACUCUUGACCUUGGGGUUGUGAGUUUGAGCCCCAAGUUGGGUAUAGAAAUUACUUUCAAAAAAUGAAAUGAAAAGGACAAGCUUUGCCAAUUACUUGGACCCAAAAUAAAACAUCUCAUUACCGCUGUAGACAAAGCAGAUUGUCAACCCGGAGUUAAAUAAAGGAAUCUCCCCCAAAGGGAGCCAACUUUGGCAUAUACAAGCUUAACAGCAAGGUGAUUUAAGUGUGUUUCGACUUUUUAUCAAUAAAAAAUAAAGUGUUAAAAUCUUGUUUUAAUAUGUUGAGUGUUGGGUUCCUUCACAUAACUUUGAGUGCCCAUACCUACUCUUAUGUUUAUGACCCUGACUUUCAGAUUAAAUUCUAUUCCUUUUACAGAUAAGAAGAGAGAAGAAGCCCCCUCUGUAGAAGAAAAUGCGAAAAUAGGCCUCUUGAGUUUGACAGGAGGAAACCAAGUAUUUGGAGCUCUACUACCAUACAUACCCUGAAUAUAGAAAGAAAUGGGUGGAGGGCAAGCCAGAACUAACCAUCAGGAAGUGAGGUUCAUAACGGGAGCAAUGGUUGAGGAUCCUCUAGGGAUACAGGAUGAAAGCAAGCAAAAAAAAAUGAGCACCCAGCCUGGCUUCUGGUCAAAGGGAUGCUUCCAGUAUUUCUGUAGUUGGCCUGAUUUUCUUAGAUUUGAGAUUUGCAUUGAAUCUGCAAGGUGGAUACUAGAGUAUUGACCAAAUGGUCAAAGGUAAACUGACUUGGACAGAUUUUUUUUUUCUAUCCUCCUACUUGAAAUGGGAAGACUUUGGACAUUUUAGCUUUCUGGGAGUGGGAGGGAGAGAGAUUGUAUAUCAGACCUGUGGAGGUUGACUUGUUCCAAGCCUCCUCUCCUUAAUUUGGGACAAUUUUGUGGAGUUUUCUAGCUUCAUUUCAAGCUGGUGGCCCUGGUGGGCUUCUGCAAGGUUCUGAGUACCAGUAAGGAAACUAGGAAAGAGACCUGAGUUAAGAUGUAAGAUGGGCUCCUCCUUUCUCUUUUAUGCCAGGAAAAUACUGUGAGUGAAAACUUGGUACAAUGUUAGGGUAUAGUAAUACUGUUUGUUGGAUACCUCUGGGCUACCUUCAUGUACUAUGUAAUGCAGGAUUAAGCUUCCUGAAGUUACUGUGUUUGUGCAGGUUUGUAUACUCAAUGCUACCUCUCUCCCCUUAGACCUCCAGCGUGACCAUAGGGCUCCUGUGAGCCCUUAACAGCUGGGAGCCCUAACACAAAGUCUUGACUGCCUUGGCUGGUGUCGCUAUGGUGUCUAAAGAUUACCUACUUGACCUCACUCAUGGUUUUGUAAUCUUUGUUUUGAGAGAGUGUCACAUGAACCCAAGGAUACCUCUACUGCCACAGAAGGGAGCUAUUCUAAAUGUGAAGUAUUUUAAUAAAUAAAUAUGAAGUACUCAUCUGUUGUCACUAAAGGGAGAGAUUGACUUCAUAUUUUGCAGGCUGUUGAGCUGUCAGGGCUAGAUGAGUGCUUCUGUGACUGGGUUUGAUCAGAUUAUAGCAGCUCUAAGUGUGGUAGUUCCUACAGGAUAGAUCCUUGCCCUUGUGAAUCUUACAUUCUAGGAGAAGCAGGACAAAACCCACAUCCAUUGCCCCCAUGGAGGCUGCUGGUGGCUUUCUGAAAGUGUUCUGUCAAGGUCACCAGACACCAGCUUGGUGGGCAGUAGGAAGGCACUCCUUCCUCUUUGUGGACAUGGCCCAUGCCAGGCUCGUGGCUUCACAAGUCCAAACAAGAGUGUGAUGUAGAUUAUAACCCCUCUUGCCUCCUCAACUGAUUGCCCUUUUCUGAUGCAGAACUGUACGUGGUACUCAGUAAAUAGUUUGGGUUAUUCUUUUUAAUGUUUCAGUUGGCUGCCCAUUUAUAGAUGUCUCUCUUCCUCACAUCCCCAUCAUCACCAAAUCCUGUCUGCUCUGCCUCUAAAAUAUUCCCUGCAUGCCUCUACCACCACCACCCAAGCAGCCAUCUCUCCUGUAGACCACUGCAACAUUCCCCUGGCCAUGCACUUUCCCUAGUCUGUUCUUCAGAAAGCAUCCAGGAUGGUCGUCCUCGGCAGACUUGAGCAUGGCAUUCCUUUGCUUAAAAUCAUUUAAUGGCUUCCUCUUAAUCAUAAAAUACAAUCCGUAUUCCAUAGAAUGGCCUACAUGGGAAUGCUGACCUUUUCCUUGGCGUAUCUUAUUCUCUGUGCUCCUGGCAGGCUUUCCUUUCAGCUUCUCAGAUGAGGGGCACCUGGUUGGCUCAAUUGGUAGAGUGUGUGACUGUUGAUCUUGAAGUCUUGAGGUGGAGCCUCACGCUGGCCAUAGAGGUUACUUAAAAAGGGAUGGGGAGCAAGUCAGCUCGGAUAAAGAAGCCUUUGCCCAUUCUAGGACCUCCCUUCCCCCAACUCUGAUCUAUUAACUCUCUUGGUUCCAGCUUAAAUGUCACUUCCUCAGAGAUGCCUUCCCCAAACCUACAAAUCUUGUAAUCAAUCACAUCAUUCACAUUCACAGUGCUCAUCUCAAAUUGUGGUGGUAUAUGUCUGUGGUCAUUUCAUUCCAUCUCCUCUGUUAGACUAGAAGUCCGCUCCAGCAGGGCGGGAGCUAUGCAUGAUUUGGUCAUUCCAUCUUGAGAGCCCAGCACAGAGCCUAGCUCACAGCCGAUAAUACACGUUUAUUGAACAAAGAAUGUUUCCUUCAGCAGAGUUUUUAGUGCUGGGGAAUAGGGGCCCAGCCAACUACCUCUCAGCUGCUGUCUCUGGUUUCCCUGGUCUUGUGUAUGCUCAAAGACUGUAGGUUCGUUUUAAUAUUAGACUAAAACCCAUCAAGACAAGUGUAUUCUUAAUCCUACUCACCUAUUUCCCCCCCCCCCCCCCCCCCCACUCCCUUCUGGUAAACAUCAGUUUGUACUUUAUACUUAAGAGUUUGUUUUUUGGUUUGUCUCUUUUUCCCCCCCUUGUUUGUUUUGUUUCUUAAGUUCCAUAUGAGUGAAAUCAUAUGGUGGUUGUCUUUCUCUGACUGGCUUAUUUUACUUAGCAUUAUACUCUCUGGAUCCAUCCAUGUUGUUGCAAAUGGCAAGAUUUAAUUAUUUUCUAUGGCUGAAUAAUAUUCCUGUGUGGUUAUAUAUGUAUAUGUAUGUGUAUAUAUUAUAUAUGUCUUACAUCUUUAUGCAUUCAUCUGUUGAUGGACACUUGUUUGUUUUGUCCUGCUUCCAUAUCUUGGCUAAUUGUAAAUAAUGUUGCAAUAAGCGUAGAGGUGCACAUAUCUCUUCAAAUUAGUGUUUUUGUACUCUUUGGGUAAAUACCCAGUAGUGCAAUUACGGGGUUGUAGGAUAGUUCCAUCUUUAACUUUUAAAAAAAUGUUUAUUUAUUUGAGAGAGAGGGAGAGAGAAAACACAAGUGGGGGAGGGGCAGAGAGGGAGAGAGAGAGAAUCCCAAGCAGGCUCUAUGCUGCCAGUCCAGAGCCCAUCUCGGGGCUCAAACUCACAAACUGUGAGAUCAUGACCUGAGCCAAAAUCAAGAGGCCGACACUUCACUGACUGAGCCACUCAGGUGCCCCCCACCUUUAACUUUUUGAGGAACCUUCAUAAGAUCUUCCAUAGUCGCUGCACCAAUCUGCAUUGCUGCCAAGCAGUGCAGGGCGUGGGGGGGGGGGGGG